AUACCAUUGCGCCAGCAGGAAAGUGACUGUUUUGCUGAGGCUAUUCAGUACACCUACUUACCAGUUGUAGGUCUACCCAGUCUGAUGAAAAGAAGGUGAAGAAUCGCCCAGCAUUUCGAGGUGCUGACCAACUAGUGGCUUUUUGGGGGCCUACAAAACUUGUAUCAGGCGGUAUUCCAGCGACCGCUGGCGGAGUAGCUACCUACGAAGUAUGCAAGCAGAGAGCAUUCUGGCACAUCAUCAACCACGGCACAUCUGAAACUCAUAUAUUGUACUUCCCACCCGCCCAUAUGUCGUUGACCGGCAUCAACACGACUUUACGCAACACAGGUGCCUCGCACCAUGACACUGGCAUGGACCGCGUUCUGGGCUCUCCUGCUUCUCCCACCAAGCCAUGCUCAAGACAACAAUAACCGUACUCAAGGUUUCGUCUCCUGGCAGGAGUCCCCAAAUGGAAGGGGGACAAUGGACAUAAUCUGGUCGUGCCUUUUCACCGUCUUUAUCUGCGUGUGGACUGCGGUGCAUCUCAACGUACCUGCACCACCCGGAACUGAUAGCACUAUCGACUUGUGGCUGAGAAGGGUCAAAUGGGUUGGUAAUUGCUGCAUGGUGCCCGAAAUCGUGAUGCUGUUGGCUGCUGGGCAAUGGUCAUUCGCUCGUGUUUGUUGGCGCGAAAUGAGAGACAUUCUCGCCGAACAGGACGAGCAACUCAUGAUAGAGACCGGUGACAACCCUCUUGCGAAGUCGUCCACCACACCUGUCGUCAGCAUCAGUGGCGAUGCGACCCCGUCUGCAGGAAAUGAUGUCGAGGAGAUACAAAUGAUUGAGAUGAGUCGACCAAAGAUGCAGCGCUCCGAGACGUUUGAGCAACGGCAACAAAGAACAGAUGAUGAACGUUGGACAUUGCGGCAUGCCUUUUUUGCGAAUAUGGGUGGCUUCCGUCUCAAGGAACAAGGUAAUCCGAAACCCUACAUCAUCAACGCGAAACACAUCAACCACCUCGUCCGCAAAGGGUACAUAGACUUGCCGAUGAUAACGACUCUCGAAAUCAACGAUCGGUCCAAAUCUGAUAGCCUGGCCAAAUUCCUUGCGAUCAUGCAAGUUGGUUGGCUUGCGGUGCAGGUUGUCGCUAGAGCCAUACAGAAGCUGGAAACAACUACCCUCGAAAUUACCACACUAUCGUUCGUCGUCUGCACUAUGGGUAGCUUCAUCGCAUGGUAUCGAAAGCCAUACGAUGUGCAGACGUUCACAGUCCUAGAGUUGAAAAAUCACCACACAGUCAGUGAUAUCGAUCUGACGUUCCUGGACAAGGGGCAACACCGAAAUCUGCUGGAGGAGUACCAGGCAACCCAUCCGAACGCUCAUGUCGUCGAUGCCUCAGGGCGACUCCUUCCGCCAUACACCAGGCUUGACAUCAUUGACGAUGGUGAACCGACCUUCACGACGAACUUCACUGAUCGGUAUGGUCCUCUUUGGGGCCGCAAGCCGCGCGACCCGAACAGAAUCCGGAACGAUCGCCUACCUCUUCUGGAGAAGGAAGUCACUUUAGUGGCCGGGUUCGUGACUUUUGGCUACGCAGGACUCCAUGCAGCUGCCUGGAACAUACCUCUCGCCACGCACGUCGAGCAGCUGUUGUGGCGGAUUUCGUCCGUUGUCAUGUUGGGUUGCUGCGUUGCCUGGUUUGGCAUGGACCAUAUCCAAGAAUAUUCGAUCCGCAAGAAGCAGAGACAGGGGAUAGUCGACCAAGACGCGUUAAUUCCUUGGUGGAGGGUGCCGGCAUCCAUUGCAGUUGCCUUUGCGUAUGGCCUUUGCCGAAUGUAUGUGCUCAUAGAGUCGUUUCUGGCUCUGCGAUGGAUGCCGUUGUCAACCUACGAGCAGGUUGACUGGGGAAAAUGGGUUCCUCACAUAUAAUGAGUCUUGACGACUUGACGAGAUGAUAUGAUGUUGGCUAUCCGGAUAGAACUACAGGGCGCGGAGUUGGGCGUUCCGGUAUUGAAUAUUGUUAGACGUUGAAUAGAAAACAGCUUUGAUAG